CUUUCACUGCGAUGGCUUCAAAUCAAGAAUUAGCUUGUAUUUAUGCGGCUCUUGCUCUUCAAGAUGAUGGAGUGCCGAUUACCGGAGAAAAGAUUCUGACCAUUCUGAAAGCAGCUGGUGUUGAAGUCGAAGCUUUUUGGGCUGGGCUUUAUGCUAAAGCGCUUGAGGGUGUUGAUGUCAAGGCAUUGAUUUCAAACAUUGGUUCUGGAAUUGGAUCUGGUGGAGGUGCUGCCGCUUCGGCUGGAGCUGCUGCUCCUGCAGCGGCAGAAAAGGCUGCUGCGCCGGCUGCAGAGGAGAAGAAAAAGAAGGAAGAGCCAAAAGAGGAAAGUGAUGACGAUAUGGGAUUCGGAUUAUUUGAUUGA